AAUAUUCAGUUUCGUAUAAAUUUCGGUAGAAAACAAAACAAAAAAAUUAAAGAGAAAUUUUAAAAUGGAGUGCAAAAGGAAUACACCUUCAGCUGGGGAUAAUGCUAACCACGCUUCAAAGAAGGUUCAACAGGUCAUGGCUCGUAUUAUGCCACGGCAAAUAGGCGAUUCGGCCAAUAAUACGACAAGUCUUUAUCCAGGCGACUCAUCGCCCUCUAUUGUUCGUCAGCUGAUUGAUUCACCUGCCGCUACAAGAUCUGAAUCCUUUCUAGCCCCUAACUCUAAUGCCAUGCAUCUUUUAAUCAAUUUGACCACGAUUGUCAGUACUCUAAAAAGACUGGCUAUACGGGCUGGCCAGCUACCCUUUCGUUUUGCCAGCAUGGAGGCUUUCCAACGUUUGAGGAUGCUCUAUUUGUCGGCCAGAGAGAUGAAUGCAUCGUUCCUGAAGGCCAUCAAUCGUUCACGUACCACGGAUCCCAUUUAUAAUAUUAGCGAUAUGGAUGAAGAAGAGUUGACAAAUGUUUUGAACUCGGAAUUUAUGGUGCAUUGGCUUACUCGACCGAUGGCAGAUUGUUCCUUAUUUUCUUUGGACUCCACAACCAUUGAACUGGGUGCCCAUUAUUCCCAACGGGACGAACGAUUGGUGUCAAACAACAUUGUGGGCAUGAAUAUGAGUUUUAUCCAAUGGCAAUCGACUGUUUGGCCUCAUAUUGCAUCUACCAUAACCGAGGCGGCUGCGCAUUUAGAGUCGGCAACUGCACAUGUAAUUCGAUAAUGUAGGACCUAAACAGAUAAAUGAAUUUAAGUUUUGGAAUUAAACAAAAAUGUUAAAGAUUUAAUGAUGACAAAA